AUGGCCGAUGAACUCGAUAUUGCUGACGUUCGCGUCUUCUUUCUUGCUGAUUAUUUAAUCAAAUCUUUACGGCUACGGUCGGAUAAAUGGACCAAAAUGGUUCAAAUUGAAGAUCAAAAUCGAACUAUUCUCGACUUUUGUGACAAAGCUCAACCGACCCUAUUGGUCUUUCAUGUUAACCCAGCCGGCAAUCUUGUUGUUGGAACGGCAUUUCCUGCAUCAUUGAAAACCAAGGCAUGUUUUUUCGCGAAAAAACUACCUGAACCGUUGCAGCGCGAAUCCAAAGAAAAAGUGACUUCAGCUUUGAAUUUUGGUGAUUUAUCCAAUGCAGCACUCGAACAAUUACAAAUUUAUGUUAAUGACGUCGUUCGUCCGUUGAUUGCCACGCCUCAAAAUCAUGAAGAGUGGCCCGAUGUUAUCUCGAGUGAUUUACAAAAACACGUUUCUGAUCUUCAAUCUCAACUUCAAGUGGUCAAUAGUCUUGUGAAGGGAAAGAUUUUACUUCCUUAUCCAAAAUACACAUCGUCAUCGACAACAUCCAAUGGAACAACAACAAACACUAAUGGACAUUCCCGAGCACAUGAAUCAGCACAAACAAGUUCGAAAAACGGAGAAGUUAUUGACCUGAAAUUAGUUCAUGCAGUCGAAUCGGUUGUUAUCGAAUGGUCACAUCAAAUUCGUCAAGUUUUAAAGAAAGAUUCCGCACAACCGCUACUCGAUGGCCUUGAUCCUUUACCAUCAACUGAAAUCGAAUUUUGGAAAUCCAAACGUGCACAUUUAGAAUCGAUUUCCGAACAACUUCAUGACCCACGCGUUGGUAAAAUGGGUGAACUACUCGACAAAAGUAAAAGUUCCUACUAUCCAUCAUUUCAACAGAUUCAAGACGAUGUUAGUUAUGCACUUGACGAAGCGCAAGAUAUUGAUACAUACCUACGUCCAUUAGCAAGUCAUUUUGAAUCAUUAGAAACCACGGAUUUCCUCGAAGCGAAAAAUCUCUUCAAGCCCAUGUUUCGUGUCAUCGGUUUAGUUUACGAUAAUUGUGAACACUAUGCCAGUGCACCGCGAAUUGUUGUUCUUCUCCAAGAAAUAUGUAAUUUAGUUAUGAAACAAGCAAGUGAAUAUUUAGAACCAAUGGAAUUAUUCAAAGGUGAAGUAGAUGAAGCAUUGAGAAAAAUUGACGAUACAAUGGAAUCGUUACAAGAAUUUCGUAAUGAGUAUGAAGAAACACGACAAAGAAUGGGCUCGAAAUGGGAUUUCUCGUCGGAAUAUGUCUUUACGAAAUGGGAUGUUUUUAUGCAAAGAGUGGAGAAGAUCAAAGAUUUAUUUUCAACGGCACAUGCUUUUCUUAAAUUAGAAAAAGUUGAAAUCGGUGGCGUGAAAGGCCGCGCUUUGUCAAUGGAAAUCAUACAAAUCUAUGAAGAAUUCAAAGAAGCAUUCGAAAAAUUCGGUAGCAAAACGUACAAUCCUCUCGAUACGAAAAAUACGGAGUUUAUCGAGGACAUCGAACAAUUUCAAGACACAAUCGACGAUCUCGAUCGUCGCCUAGGUCGUAUAGCUAAUCAAGCCUUCAAUGAUUGUAACAGUCUUGAGAGUAUGUUCAAACUAAUUCAAAUCUUCGGUUCGUUACUCGAUCGAUCAAAAAUCAAUCAUGUUUUUGCCCAUAAUUAUCCAAUAAUUCUCAAACAAGUCGAGCAAGAAUUGGAUGAUGCCAAAGAACUAUUCGAUCAUCAAAUGGCCUAUCAAGAAGAGCACGGGUCGAUUCAAUUGGAACGUAACAUGACCAAAGUAGCAGGCAGUUUAGUUUGGGCGGAAGAACUUAAACAACGAUAUACACAACCUGUCGAACAAUUUCGCAUGAUGGAAAAUGAAAUAACGCAAAAGCCAGAAGUAAAACGGAUUGAAGAAAAGUACAAUGAAUUAGAUGCGCUUGUCGAUGCGUUUGUUCAAAACCUUUAUAAAGAAUGGGCUUCUAAUGUUGGCGAAGCAUCGAAAUUCAAUCUGAAUCAGAAUUUGAUCACACGAAAUCGAAAGAAUGAUCUCAUUCAAUUGAACUUUCAUCCCCAACUUGAAGCAGUUCUACGUGAAGUCCGCUAUCUCGAAAUCAAAGACCAUAAAGAUAUCCCACAAGCUGCUCUCGAUAUCUACAAAGACAAUGAAACAUAUUUAUUUUACAUCGACAAUUUAAACUAUACCAUCACAUCCUACAAUAAAAUUCGCGAAACAGUGGCAGAAGUCGAGUUUCCAUUAAUCGAAGCACAACUUUCCUCUAUCGAUAAACAAUUAUCCAAGGCAGAAAAUGAACUAACCUGGGCAACACCUAAUAUUCGUGAUCACAUUAUUCAUACCCGAACGAUAGUAUCUGAUCUUGAACAACGACUUCAAAAAUCGAAAAAUAACAUUCUCGAAAUUCAAUCAAUCAUGGCCACAUGGUCGAAAAGUCCACUUUACGAGCGUGCUAGUGCUCGUGGCGGUGCCAAUGAAAAACAGAUCAGUGCUGAUAACCUUUUGAUCGUAUCGGAUUUAGAAGAACGAUUGAAUAAACGCUACCGGGAAGUUCGUGAAGCUGGUGAUCGUAUACAUGGCUUAGUGCGUGAGAAUCGAGAGUAUUUAGAGGUUAAGGAGAACGAUUCGUCUACAUCGGAAAAUUGGAAAGCUUAUAUUGAAUACAUUGAUGAAAUGCUAACCGACGGCUUUUAUGCCAUUGUCCAAUGUGAUCUAGAUUUCUUUCGACAAGAAACCGAUCGAAAGAACAAUCCCGAACCAUUAUUUCAAGUUUUUCUCGAAGUUCAUCCUCCAGAAAUGUUAUUUUCGCCUUCGAUCGAACCCAAUGCACCUGAUGGCUUCGCUGAUUUUGUCGAUAGUCUCAUUGCGAACUCGUACAAACAAGCUUCAUUAAUCCCACGUCUAGCUAAGCAUCUUCCUCUUGAGAACUAUCAACCGGACAUUCAAGAAAUGAGUUCACUGACCGAAAUUCGCCAUGAAAUCAACGAUCGUGUUCAUCGUGUACUAUCCAAAGCGAAUGAAUACCAACGUUCGUUCGAUCGCUAUGCCUAUCUGUGGACAGACGAUCGUAAAGAAUUUAUGCGUCAAUUUCUCCUCUACGGUCAUGUUCUGACACCCGAAGAGAUUCAACAACAUGCACUCGAUGGUAUUCCAGAAAAUUCACCGACCACCGCACAGUUUCGUGAACAGAUCGAUACGUAUGAAGCAAUCUAUGACGAAGUAGGAAAGAUUGAUCCAAUCCAGAUCUAUGACAAAUGGUUCCGAAUCGAUGCACGCCCAUUCAAACAAACAUUAAUGAGCACAGUGAAGAAAUGGUCGUUCAUGUUCAAACAAUGGCUUAUUGAACAUGUUACUAACAGUUUGAACGAACUUCAAGAAUUUAUUCAAAAAACGGAUGCACAACUAAAACGUCCAGUUAAAGAAGGUGAUUACAACCAUCUCGUUGAAAUUAUGGCGCAUUUAGCUGCAAUUAAACAACGGGAACAAGCCACCGAUGCAUUAUUCACACCAUUGAAAGAAACCAUUGAACUAUUGAAAUCCUACAAUCAAGAAUUGCCGGAAGAAGUUCAUGAGCAAUUGGAAAUCCUACCCGAAAAAUGGUUGAAUCUCAAACGUAAUUAUGUUGCCGUUCGACAGAAUGUCGCACCGUUACAAGCGCAAGAAAACGCAAAGAUCCGUCAGCGUCUGGCUGAGUUCGAUGUUAUUCAAACACAAUUUCGCGAACGAUUCAAAAACGAAGCUCCAUAUGCCUACGAUACACCGAAUGCUUAUAAGAAAUUAGACCGAGUUAACAAAGAUUUAGCUAAACAAGAAGCGGAAUUGGAUAAACUAAUGAAAUCAUCUGCAUUAUUCGAAGUUUCCUUUCCAGAUUUCAAACUUAUCAAACAAUGUCGAAAGGAUAUCAAACUAUUGAAACAACUCUGGGAUUACAUCAGUCUAGUUCGAUACAGUAUGGACGAUUGGAAAUCCACACGUUGGCGUGAAAUCAAUGUUGAAGCGAUGGAUGCUGAGGUGAAAAAAUUUCAACGCGAUAUCAAAUUACUCGACAAAGAAAUGCGUUCAUGGAAUGCGUAUAUUCGACUAGAACAAAUUCUAAAGAAUACGAUCACUGCACUCCGUUCGAUAACUGAAUUACAAAAUCCAGCUAUACGUGAACGUCAUUGGGAUGAACUGAUGACAUGCACAGGUGUGCAAUUCUCCAUGUCCGCGCAGACCACUCUCGAAGAAUUGCUCAAUCUGAAUUUGUACAAUUACGAAGAAGAAGUGCGAAAUAUUGUCGAUAAAGCUGUGAAAGAAAUGAGUAUGGAGAAAACAAUCAAAGAUAUUGAAAAUACGUGGAAAACUAUGGAAUUCACAACGGAUCCACAUCCACGUACUGGAAUUCAAUUGUUAACAGCAAGUGAUGAACUGAUCGAAACUCUGGAAGAUCAUCAAGUACAAUUACAGAAUAUGUUGCAAUCGAAAUAUAUCGCAUUUUUUGAAAAUCAAGUUUCGUCGUGGCAAAAGAAGCUCAGUCAAGCAGAUCAGGUUAUACAGAUUCUGCGUGAAGUGCAGAAGACAUGGGCGCAUUUAGAAUCAAUUUUUAUUGGAACUGAAGAUAUUCGAAAACAACUACCGGAACAUUCACAACGCUUCGAUGAGAUUGAUCGUGAUUUUAAGAAAGUGGCCGAAGAAAAUCAACGUGUUUUGAAUGUUAUCGCUUGCACGAAUCGAGACGGUGUUUAUGAGCAGUUAGAAAGCAUAAAAAAUCGUUUAGCCAUCUGUGAGAAAGCUCUUGCGGAAUAUCUCGAAACAAAACGUCUAGCAUUUCCACGAUUCUAUUUUGUGUCACCAGCUGAACUCUUGGAUAUUCUAUCCAAUGGCAAUGUCCCAGAGAAAGUCAUGCGACAUUUAAGUAAAUUAUUUGAUUCGAUUGCUAGACUGGACUUGAUUGACAACAAACGUACUCGAGAUGCGAAAUCCAAAGAAGCGAUUGCGAUGUAUUCGAAAGAAUCUGAAAAAGUCGAUUUUCGAGAUCCAUGCGAUCUCAGUGGACAAGUCGAAGUUUGGCUCAAUCGUUUACUGGAUAAGAUGCGCGAAACUGUUCGUUAUUGGCUUGCAGAAGCAAUCAAUGCCUACGAAGAUAAACCGCGCGAGCUUUGGGUUCAAGAUUAUCCAGCACAAAUCGCUUUAACUGGUUCUCAAGUCUUUUGGACGAUGGAAGUCAAUUCUGCCUUCGCACGUAUUGAAGAAGGCUAUGAAAAUGGCUUGAAAGAUUAUUAUAAGAAAGCUGUUGGUCAAUUGAAUGCUUUGAUUGAAAUGCUAUUAACGGAUAUCUCACCAUUAGAACGACAAAAGAUCGAAACUAUUUGUACAAUUGACGUACACGCUCGUGAUGUCGUGGCAAAAAUGAUUCAAGCGCGAGUGGAAAACUCUAGUGAAUUUUUAUGGCAAUGCCAAUUAAGACAUCGAUGGGACGAACGGGAAAAAGACUGUUUCGCUAACAUAUGUGAUGCUCAAUUUCGCUAUGCACAUGAAUAUCUUGGCAAUCAGCCACGUCUAGUUAUUACACCAUUGACAGAUCGGUGCUAUAUCACAUUGACCCAAUCGCUUCAUUUAAUUAUGGGCGGCGCACCUGCUGGACCAGCUGGUACGGGAAAAACCGAGACAACAAAAGAUUUAGGUCGAGCAUUGGGUGUGAUGGUUUAUGUUUUUAACUGCUCGGAACAGAUGGAUUAUCAAUCGAUUGGAAAUAUCUACAAAGGCCUAUCUCAAACAGGUGCAUGGGGUUGUUUCGAUGAAUUCAAUCGAAUCUCUGUCGAAGUACUUUCGGUCGUUGCAGUCCAAGUCAAAACAAUUCAAGAUGCUAUUCGGGAUAAAAAACCACGGUUCAACUUCAUGGGUACUGACAUUAGUCUUAACCCUGUCGUUGGUCUUUUUAUUACAAUGAAUCCUGGCUAUGCUGGCCGAACAGAAUUACCAGAAAAUUUGAAGGCUUUGUUUCGUCCAUGUGCUAUGGUUGUUCCAGAUAUUGAAAUGAUUUGUGAAAUUAUGCUUGUAACCUCGGGUUUCAAAGAUGGCAAAUUGCUUUCGUGCAAAUUCAUUACUCUAUACAAUCUAUGCAAAGAAUUAUUAUCCAAACAACACCAUUACGAUUGGGGCCUACGAGCAGUUAAGUCAGUGUUAGUUGUAGCUGGUGCUCUUCGUCGUGCUGAUCCAAAUCGACCGGAACGAGAAGUUCUAAUGCGAGCACUACGAGAUUUCAAUAUUCCAAAGAUUGUACAUGAUGAUUUGCCAAUUUUCAUGGGUUUAAUCGGAGAUCUAUUUCCUGCACUUGAUGUGCCUCGUAAACGAGAUCUGAAAUUUGAAGAAGAAGUGAAACGUGCCGCUCUUGAUCUUAAACUUCAACCGGAAGAUGCAUUUAUUCUCAAAGUUGUUCAAUUGAAGGAGCUUUUCGAAGUUCGUCAUUCCGUCUUCAUUGUUGGUAAUGCGGGUACAGGUAAAAGUCAAAUCUGGAAAACGUUGAAUCGAUUGUAUUCGAAUGAAAAACGACGGCCUGUGGCAAUUGAUCUCGAUCCAAAAGCAGUGACGAACAAUGAAUUGUUUGGCUUUAUGAAUCCAUCAACACGCGAAUGGAAAGACGGAUUGUUUUCCACGAUCAUGCGUGAUCUUGCUUCAAUGGCGCAUGAUGGUCCAAAAUGGAUUGUUCUCGAUGGUGACAUCGAUCCAAUGUGGAUUGAAUCCUUAAAUACAGUCAUGGAUGAUAAUAAAGUGUUAACUUUGGCUAGUAAUGAACGUAUUCCCUUGAAUCCAACAAUGCGCUUACUAUUUGAAAUCAGUCACUUGCGAACGGCAACACCAGCUACUGUUUCACGUGCCGGUAUUCUAUACAUCAAUCCACAAGAUCUCGGCUGGGGUCCACAAGUCGCAACAUGGAUCGAUUCUCGGCCAAUUCAAUCCGAACGUGCUAAUCUGCAAAUUCUAUUUGAUAAAUAUCUUCCACCUUGUAUGGAAAUGUUAAAAUCAAAUCGUUUCAAAAAAAUUACUCCACUCGUCGACGGUUGUCACGUGUGGACGUUGUGCCAUCUCUUGGAAUGCUUACUUGUUCCAGAAAACUGUCCACCGGAUUGCUCGAAAGAACUCUACGAACAAUAUUUCGUUUGGGCUUGCAUAUGGGCGAUGGGCGCAUCCUUAUUUCAAGAUCAGUAUACUGCCUUUCGGUCGGAUUUAAUUGAUCAUCGCGUGGAAUUCUCACGUUGGUGGACCCUGGAAUUUAAAGCAGUUAAGUUUCCAACGACAGCACAUACCACUGUCUUUGAUUAUUAUAUUGAUUCUGAAACGAAAAAAUUCGAAUUAUGGAGUAAAAAAGUACCCAAAUUUGAACUUGAUCCCGACAUUCCUCUACAAGCGGCUUUGGUACCAACGCCGGAAACAGUUCGAAUUCGAUACUGGAUGGAUCUUCUCAUGGAACGUGGAUAUCCUGUUAUGCUAGUGGGAGGUGCUGGCAGUGGAAAAACUGUUAUUGUUAAUGAUAAAUUACAAUCAUUAAAUAAUGAACUAUGGACGGUUGUGAACGUUCCGUUCAACUAUUAUACAUCGUCAGAAAUGUUACAAUCCAUUCUGGAGAAACCACUUGAACGUAAAGCAGGUCGUAAUUAUGGUCCACCAGGAAAUAAACGACUUGUUUAUUUCAUCGAUGAUAUGAAUAUGCCGGAAAUGGAUAAAUACUAUACUGUUCAAGCCCAUACCAUUCUUCGACAAUAUCUUGACUAUAAACAUUGGUAUGAUCGACAAAAAUUAACUUUACGUGACAUUCACAACUGUCAGUAUGUGGCUUGCAUGAAUCCAACUGCUGGUAACUUCACGAUUGAUUCUCGUAUUCAAAGACAUUUUGCUGUCUUUGCUGUCUCAUUUCCUGGACAUGAUUCGCUACGAACUAUAUACAAUAGUAUUUUAUCUCAGCAUUUAUCAGCGCCGCAUAACGCACCGUUCACUCAAGCUAUUCAACGUUAUACUCCACAACUAGUGGAUGGCGCACUUGCAGUACAUCAGCGUGUAGCAUCGACUUUUCUUCCAACUGCAAUUAAAUUUCAUUAUAUAUUCAACUUACGAGAUCUUUCAAAUAUCUUCCAGGGUAUUCUUUUCGCUACUGGCGAAUGCGUUAAAACCACUAAAGACCUAGUUCGAUUGUAUGUCCACGAAGCUGAACGUGUCUACGGUGAUAAAUUAGUUUCAGCGGAUGAUAUUGACUCAUUUCAAAAGAUAUUCCGUGACACAGUGAAAAAGAAUUUCUCCGAUGUCGAUGAGGACAAUUGUUUCCGUCGUCCAUUGAUUUAUACUCAUUUUUCCACGGGCAUCGGCGAUCCGAAAUACAUGCCUAUUGACAACUGGCAACAACUAACUAAACUGCUAACUGAUGCUUUAGAUAAUUACAAUGAAGUCAACGCAAACAUGAAUCUCGUUCUAUUCGAAGAUGCCAUGAUGCAUGUUUGUCGAAUCAAUCGUAUCUUGGAAUCACCACGCGGAAAUGCCUUACUUGUUGGUGUAGGCGGAAGUGGAAAACAGAGUUUAUCGCGAUUAGCAGCAUCUGUGUCGUCACAGGAAGUUUUCCAAAUCACUAUACGCAAAGGUUAUGGCAUUGCGGAAUUGAAACUCGAUUUAAAUAAUUUGUACAUCCGUGCGGGUAUUAAAAACAUUCCAACAGUAUUUUUGAUGACGGACGCUCAAGUUGCUGAUGAGAAGUUUCUCGUUCUGAUCAAUGACAUGCUUGCGUCAGGUGAAAUCAACGGCCUCUUCACUGAUGAUGAAACGGCAGAUAUAUUAGCAAGUGUGAAAAAUGAAGUGCGAGCACAAGGUAUCGAAGACACUAGAGAAAAUUGUUGGAAAUUCUUCAUUGAUAAAGUUCGACGAAAUUUAAAGAUCGUUCUCUGCUUUUCGCCGGUUGGUUCAACAUUGCGUGUUCGUGCUCGACGCUUUCCAGCAUUGGUCAAUUGUACUAAUAUCGAUUGGUUUCAUGAAUGGCCGGAAACAGCGUUGGUGUCUGUAGCAAAACGAUUUAUUCAAGAUGUUGAAAGCUUACCGAAAGAAUAUCAAGAUUCCGUUGCAGAAUUUAUGGCCUAUGUUCACAGUUCAGUGAAUGAAAUGAGUGUUCAAUAUUUAACCAACGAACGACGAUUUAACUAUACGACGCCGAAGUCGUUCCUUGAACAGAUUGGUUUGUACCGUAAUUUAUUGCAGAUGAAGCGUCGCGAACAUGAAGAUGGCAUUCUUCGUCUUCAGAAUGGUUUAGUUAAACUUGAAUCUGUUGCCAAACAAACGGACGAGUUGAAAGAAAAAUUGAAAGUUGAAGAAGUUGAAGUUACGAAGAAGAACGAAGAAGCGGAUCGUUUGAUAAAAGUAGUGGAAACUGAAACGAAAAAAGUGACUGAACAACGUGAAGCAGCUGCGAUUGAAGAAAAAGAAGUGGCAGAAAAGAAAGAACGGGUCGCCGAACGACAAGCCGAAUGUGAUCAUGAUCUUCAAAAGGCUCUACCAGCUCUGGAAGCAGCAAAAGAUGCGUUGAAUACACUUAAUCGAAAUAAUCUUACAGAAUUGAGAUCAUUUGCUACGCCGCCAUCUGCUGUUUUGAAAGUCACUGCAUCCAUCCAGAUUCUUCUUGCACCACCAAAUCGUGUUCCACGUGAUCGAACAUGGCGUGCGGCAAAAUCUAUGAUUGGUGAUGUAGGAGUUUUCCUAAAUACUCUAUUGAACUACGAUAAGAAUCAUAUACCAGAAUCAUCCUUGAAGGCUAUUGAAGAGUACUUACGUGAUCCAGAUUUCAAUCCUGAUGCUAUUCGACGUGUUUCAUUUGCUGCCGCUGGUCUAUGUGCUUGGACUAUUAAUAUAGUACAAUACUAUCGUGUCUAUUGUGAAGUUGAACCGAAGCGUUUGGCAGCGGAAGAGGCAACCGAACAAUUGAGACAAACUGAAGAACAAUUCAAUGCAACGCAAGCGAAAUUAGCUAAACUACAAGCAGCACUACAAACUUUAAAAGAUCAAUAUCAAUCAGCACAGAAUGAAAAGGACGAAUGCCAACGUGCCGCAGAUCAAACAGCAUAUACGAUUAAUCUUGCCAACCGUCUUGUUGGCGGUUUGGCUUCUGAAAAAGAACGAUGGACGAACACAAUUCAACAAUCUCAAAUUCUUGGCAAAUUUUUACCAGGAAACGUGCUGAUUACAACAGCUUAUCUCUCCUACGUUGGUUAUUUCACUAAAUAUUACCGUGAAGAACUUCUCUAUCGUCGCUGGAUGCCAUUUUUACGAAAUCUAAAAGUUCCAGUACCAGUCACAGAUAAUCUUGAUCCUCUAUCGAUGUUAAUUGAUGAUGCUGAUAUGGCAGCAUGGAAUAACGAAGGUCUGCCUGCUGAUCGAAUGUCCUAUGAAAAUGCAACUAUCCUGACCAACUGUGAACGAUGGCCACUGAUGGUUGAUCCACAACUGCAAGGUGUCAAAUGGAUUCGUACUCGUUACGGCGAUAAACUAGUUGUGAUUCGUUUGGGUGCGAAAGGCUAUAUGGAAAAAAUUGAACAUGCUAUAGCUGCUGGUGAAACUCUACUUGUGGAAAAUAUUGAAGAAAACAUUGAAGCCAUUCUUGAUCCAUUGAUUGGUCGAAAUACCAUUCGUAAAGGUCGUGCUAUUAAAUUAGGUGACAAAGAAAUCGAAUUUCAUCCGGAAUUUCGUUUGAUCUUGCAAACCAAACUUGCCAAUCCACAUUACAAACCUGAAAUGCAAGCUCAAACAACAUUGAUUAACUUCACCGUCACACGCGAUGGUCUCGAAGAUCAACUUCUCGCCGAUGUUGUUGCGCUUGAACGACCUGAUUUGGAAAAAUCGAAAUACGAAUUAACUCGUCAGAAGAAUGAAUAUAAGAUUAGUUUGAAAAAAUUGGAAGAUUCUUUGUUACAACGUUUAGCAGCUGCCAAGGGCAAUUUUCUCAGCGAUGUAGCGCUAGUAGAAAAUUUAGAGAAAACUAAAUCAACAGCAAUUGAAAUUGAACACAAGAAAAAUGAAGCAGAGAAAACCAGUGAACAAAUUGAUAAAACACGUGAAGUUUAUCGACCAGCAGCAACACGUGCCAGUUUACUUUAUUUUAUCAUGAACGAUUUGAGAAAAAUUCAUCCAAUGUAUCAGUUCUCACUGAAAGCAUUUAAAAUCGUUUUCGCAAAAGCCAUUCAAAAAUCUGAAGAAAGUGAUGAUGUAAAGCAACGUGUGUUGAAUCUGAUUGAUUCAAUUACAUAUUCAACAUCACUUUACACCACUCGGUCAUUGUUCGAACAACACAAAUUGAUCUUUACGUCGCAAAUGGUCUUUCAGAUUCUUUUGACCAAUAAAGAAAUCGAUACGAAAGAAUUAGAAUUCCUUCUGCGCUAUCCAUACGUACCCAAUCUCACAAGUCCAGUGGAUUUCUUAAAUGAUCAAUCAUGGGGUGGAAUCAAAGCUUUGUCAACUAUGGACGAGUUUCAUAAUUUAGAUCGAGAUAUCGAAGGCUCAGCGAAACGAUGGAAGAAGUUUGUAGAAUCCGAAGCACCGGAAAAAGAGAAAUUUCCUCAGGAAUGGAAGAGUAAAACGUCAUUACAAAAGUUAUGUUUAAUGCGAGCAUUAAGACCUGAUCGAAUGCUGUACGCAUUGAGUUUAUUUGUGGAAGAGAAAUUGGGCCGAAAAUAUGUGGAAAAUCGAACGAUUGAAUUUGCACGUUCAUAUGAAGAAACGACGAAAGCAACACCCAUCUUCUUCAUUCUCUCACCAGGUGUUGAUCCAUUGAAGGAAGUGGAAAGUCUUGGUCGAAAGAUGGGCUUCACAGCUGAUAAUGGCAAAUUUCAUAAUAUCUCCCUUGGACAAGGACAAGAUGUCGUGGCCGAAAAAGCUCUCGAUGAUGGCUCACGUGAUGGUCAUUGGGUUGUCUUACAAAAUAUUCAUUUAGUUGCUCGAUGGUUACCGCAAUUAGAAAAGAAGUUAGAACAAACAGCGGAAUUUGCACAUGAAGAUUCCCGAGUAUUUCUCUCGGCAGAACCUGCACCCGAUCCUGAAGCUCAUGCCAUUCCUCAAGGUAUACUUGAAUCAGCAAUCAAGAUUACGAAUGAAGCACCAACAGGAAUGUACGCGAAUGUUCAUAAGGCGUUGGAUAAUUUCGAUCAAGAUACAAUGGAACGUUGUUCGAAAGAGAAUGAAUUUAAAUCGAUUCUAUUUGCACUCUGCUAUUUUCAUGCUGUCGUUGCUGAACGUCGCAAAUUUGGACCUAUUGGUUGGAACAGACGAUAUCCAUUCAAUAAUGGUGAUCUAACAAUCAGUGUCGAUGUUCUGUAUAACUACUUGGAAGCGAACUCGAAAGUACCUUGGGAAGAUCUUCGUUAUUUAUUUGGGGAAAUUAUGUAUGGUGGUCACAUUACUGACGAUUGGGAUCGUCGUUUGUGUCGAAACUAUCUCGAAACAUAUAUCAACCCAGAUAUGUUCGAUGGUGAUUUGUAUCUAGCACCAUCAUUUCCCGUUCCACCGAAUACAGAUUACAAAGGUUACCAUCAAUAUAUCGAUGAGUAUCUACCACUCGAGUCGCCCUACUUAUAUGGUCUUCAUCCCAAUGCAGAAAUCGACUUUUUGACGACGACGAGUGAAAUUCUAUUUCGAACCGUAUUAGAGUUACAACCACGGGAUGCUGGUGCUGGCUCGUCAGAGAGUGGUUCGGCAACGAGUCGAGAAGAAAAGAUAAAAGCUGUUCUGGAUGAUAUUAUGGGUCGAUUACCGGACGAAUUCAGUAUGCCGGAAUUGUUUGCUAAGACAGAAGAGAAAACACCGUAUACGGUUGUUGCUUUACAAGAAUGCGAACGAAUGAAUGCACUAUUGAAAGAAAUGAGACGUUCUUUGAAAGAGUUAGACUCAGGUCUAAAGGGUGAAUUGACUGUUACUGCCGAUAUGGAAGCACUACAAGAAUCUCUCUAUCUCGAUCAAGUGCCCAAAACCUGGGAACUUCGAGCAUAUCCAUCGCUAUUUCCUCUAAGCUCAUGGUUCGUUGAUUUGCUCAAUCGAUUCAAAGAUCUCGAAUCGUGGACUAGCGAUUUUCAACUACCAUAUGCUGUUACCCUAGGCUAUCUUUUCAAUCCUCAAUCAUUUUUAACUGCAAUUAUGCAGACAACAGCACGUAAAAACGAGUGGCCUCUUGAUCGUAUGUGUUUAUCAAUUGAUAUAACAAAACGAACAAAAGAAGAACUUGGCGGUGCACCACGUGAAGGGGCAUACAUAUGGGGUCUCUAUCUCGAAGGUGCUCGAUGGGACACCCAAACAUCACAAUUAGCCGAAGCGAAACUAAAAGAGAUCACAUCACCCAUGCCAGUUAUAUUUGUCAAAGCGAUACCUAUUGACCGUAUGGAUACGAAAGGUAUGUAUGAAUGUCCAGUUUAUAAGAUAAAAACACGUGGUGCUCAUUUUGUCUGGACAUUCUUUUUGAAAACGAAAGAAAAACCGAGUAAAUGGGUACUUGGUGGUGUUGCUCUACUACUACAAAAAUAG